AUGCCUUACCUUGUGGAGGAUUCCUGGAUCAAUGGCCAGGCAAGCACCUACAACAUUUCCGACCUUGAAGACUGCACCAUUGCUAUCGAUGCUUCUUAUUUCCUGAGCCUCCUUCUAGAUAACGAACCUUCUCGUGAGUCUUUGCUUCCUGCACUAGGGGGCUUGACGGGCAUCCAUUAUCAUAUCCACCAACAUCUUGAUCUCUGGGACAAGCAUCGGAUCACCCCCUUUUUCAUCUUUGAUGGCCAAUCCUUAGUUGGGCAAGAUGAGGUCACUUUGACGCGUGCCAGAGCUGCAAAUCAGAGGACGGAUCAGGCAUGGGUGCUGUACUUGCAAACCGAGGGCAGAGAAAGUGUCGAUGUCUUCAAGAAGAACCCAGAGGUCUUUCGUCUUCAGAAUUUAUACCCUCUCUUUCAAAGUAUCUUGAAAGAAAGAGGACUGCACUUUUUGGUCCCUCCCUACACCGCGUGCGCUCAGCUUGCUUAUUUCGAAAUGAUUGAUUCGGAACUAUGCGCCGGCAUAAUGGGGCCUCAGGAGUUGCUUCUAUACCCUAUCAACGAGUCAGUCAUUCGCAACUUCGACUGGGAUGCCGGAACUGUGACCGCCAUCUCAAAGAAGAGGGUCAUGCGUGCACUUGGAGUUAACGAAUCCAUGUUCAUCGACGCUAUGCUCAUGACAGGGACGUCGUUUCUCCCUACGUUUCCGCCGCUGCAGGACACCUCCAUUUACCCAGCCCCCUUCACCAUUGCGGAGGCAGUUAACAUCCUGCGGACCUCAGAUAAGGCUGUGGUUAGCGCUUGCGCCUCCUUCAAUGACAUCUUGCAAGCAAAAGACCCCAACUGGCUAGACAAGUAUCGCAAAGCCAGAAUGGCAGUCCAUCACUUCAUCUACAUCGCUGAGAGUGGCGAGGUCACGGUUCACGACUUCGACCAGCUCACACAAGACAAUCAUGAAUACCUCGGUCUUCAGAUGCCUGCAGAGCUAUUUCACUAUCUCAACACGGGUCUAAUCGGUGCUCGUAUCUUGAACGGAAUAACACACGGGCAGAUUCUCGUCUUACCGACUCUGGAUGGCACUGCUUCUGACGAAUACAAGAAGCUCGUGACUAACCAACUUCUUCCCAUCAAAGAGCAAGCCCUCGGCCUCAUCAUUCCAAGAAUUCACAGGGGAAUUGGUCACAAGGACAUCACGAUGAAGGUUUGGUUCGAUCCGAAUUACUCUUAUACUUUCAACCAUCGCUCUACCCAACCACCCCCAUCUCAGCGGGUGGCAACCUGGGAUGUCAAGGAGAAAGACCUGCGCCACUUCUAUCCAGCGGAUUUUGGUAGCCCAGUGUACUUGGAAGUGGUUGCUCUUGCAAGCCCGGACUUUGUCGCGAAAACAAUCUCCAAAGAGAAGCCUAUCCGCGGCAUCGACAGCACUGACAUGGUGGUAUCGGUCGCCAUCUGGCGCUUUCUCCACCUCAGGGGUUAUAUUGACGACUCUCACAAGCUGACGAAUUGGGGAAAUGCCCUAGCAACCACGCUUCUUGCCAUCAACGACGCAUCGAAAACAAAACCUGAUGUCCCAGGCAUCAAUGAAGCUGCCUUGUUGGCGUUUGAAUUAUUGCGUUUUGGACUUUUGAGCGGCAAAUAUGUUCAAGGCGCGCCUGGUAUGCCCCGGAGGGGAACAGAUGACGAAAAGUCGAGUGUGGUUCUCAUUAGCCAAUGCGCUACACUGUUGAAGUUGAGACACGACGUGUGUGGAUACACCGGACCUUUGAAUAAGCAUCUAACGGGAUUCCGUGGGCUAUCGACAACGGUUCGCGAAGCUGACAGAGACUUGAUUGAAGCAAUUGUGGCGUCCAUGUUCAUGUAUGGCCAGUCCAAGCGCGAAAGGGCUGAUCAGCUACAAAUCAGCCAGAAGCUUCCUUUCUCACAAGAGCCGGAUAUUACACUCGGCAUCGCCACCUUUACCUUCUUUGAGGAAUAUGAGCACACAGACGAUGAGAAGGAGCAAAAUAAGCGGCUGACAGAUUUCUCAGCACACUAUGUACCGCACGCAGAGGCGUUCGUUGAAGAUCUCCGCAUUGCCCUUGACUUCGUUCGCGCUCUCAACCAAGGUGUGCAGACACUGGAUGCAGCCUCAUUAUCGCCAAAUGAGAAAUCGAUCUGGGCAAAAGCCCAAGAUUACAUCACUGCCAGGCCAUUUUACGGAUCCGCCACAUCAGAUGCUUAA